UCGGCGCGGAGCCGCCCGGCCCCGCUGAGGCGCCUCCCCGCCCGCCAGCGCCGCUGCCGCCCGCUCCCCGCGCCGCAAACUUUCUGCGCGGCGGAGGAAGCGCUGCCGGCGGGGCCGGGCGCCCCCGGGUGCCAGGAGCUGCUGAAAUGGGUUGUGGAUUGAACAAGCUAGAGAAGCACGAUGAAAAACGACCUGGUAAUAUCUAUUCAACUUUGAAGAGGCCCCAGGUAGAAACCAAGAUAGAUGUUUGCUAUGAGUAUCGAUUCCUGGACUUCACGACACUAAAUGAUACUGAGCUGCCAGGAUCAUCUGCAAUCAAGCUUUCCUCCUUGCGUGAUCUCCCAGCUCAGCUGCAAGAAUUGUACCAACAGGGCUUCGUCUUGGCUGCUGUGCACCCUUUCGUGCAACCAACUGAUGAAAAAGAGAAGACUCCCCAGGAACAAAUCUUUAGGGCUGUGCUGAUCAAGAAAACAGAAAGAUCUUCAAAAGGUGAUGUCCAUAGUGAAGGAUAUAUCUUGGAGGUAGAGUGCUGCUCCUCUUUAAAUCAACUUUCAGACAAAAAGGAGAUACCUGAUUUUAUUAAGAAAAUACAAGAUGCUGCAAGUCAAGGCUUGAAAUUUGUUGGAGUUAUACCUCAGUACCAUUCCCAAAAGAACUGCCUUGUCAGCUGCUCUCUGACACCCGCCAGUAACAACUCUGUGCAAUCAAGAGAUAAUAAAAACAUUUCAAACUACUCCGAGGAUCAUGCUUCACUGGAGAGCGAGAAAAUAGAGGGCGUUAAUGGAUGUGACACUCUAGCAACCAGUGAGGAAAGCGCUGACCAGUGUGCCACAUACGGGGAGGAUGGGAAAGGUGAAGGACAGGCUACUGAGCAGCUGAAUUUUAAGUCUGCAAGGCACGGUGAAGAACAAUUUGAACAUGAGAACCCAAGUGGAAGAGAAGCAGCCGACAAGCAGAAUGGAGUAGCAGAGAGUGAGACACCGGCACGAAGUUCAAAACCCCUUACAGGCAAAACAGAGAUCUUCGCUCUGUUCAACAAGCCAAAAACCCCGCAGAGAUGCAGUCAGUAUUACACGGUGACUAUCCCGAUGAAGAUCUCCAGGAAUGGGCAGACUAUCAACAGCUUGGAAGCAAAUUGGCUGGAGCACAUGACAGAUCACUUCAGGAAAGGGGGCUCGUUGGUAAACGCCAUCUUCAGCCUUGGAAUGGUAAAUGAUUCCUUACAUGGAACAGUAGACGGAGUAUUUCUCUUUGAAGAUGUUGCUGUAGAAGACAAUAAAACCGUGCAGGGCUAUGACGCUAUUGUUGUAGAACAGUGGACUGUACUGAAGGGAGCCGAGGUGCAGGCGGAUUACGUGCCGCUGCUGAACUCCCUGGCAGCCUACGGCUGGCAGCUCACCUGCGUCCUUCCCACCCCCGUGGUGAAGACCAACAGGGAGGGGAAUCUAUCCACGAAGCAAAUUGUUUUUCUUCAGAGACCUUCUUUGCCCCAGAAAGCAAGGAAGAAAGAAUCUAAGUUUCACUGGAGGUUCUCCAAAGAAGACAUGCACAACAAACAGCUGAAGAAAUCCAUGAAGGCUAAAGGAAGCUCUAGGGAGAAGCAAAUGGCAGAGGAGGAGCAGGAAUUUGAGAUUGCAGAGAACACAAGAAACUUAGAAGCGCAAAUGUCGACAAGAGGAAAGCCCGAUGUGGAGGGCGAUGUUAUAGACUUGGGAGAGGAGGCAGCGAGGAGCGACAACGGGGGUACCCAGGAGGACGGGGGAUCGGAGGAGACGCGUCGUGCCAGCUGCAGUACUGAACCAAGUGAAACGCAGGUCUGCCUCCGUCAGAGCACGUCCGAGUGCUGCGAGCAGGAGGUAGCAAAUGGGGGAGACUGUGCUCCUGCGACUGACGGCUGCAGCGGGAGCGAUGGGCUCGGACCGGACACAGACUUUUCCUGCGAGUAAGACCUGCGUUUCAAGAAUCCUGUGAGUUGCUGAUACUUUGCCAAUAGAAAAGAACAGAUUGUGCUAAUCACCCUCACUAACUCCAUUGCUCAAUUCAGCGUCUCCUUGGCAUCGUACUUACUUGGCUCCUCAGCUCACCAGUUUCUUGAUGUCUUAAGUAACUGCAGGGCCUGGGCUUUUUAACCCACAGAGGCAAAUUGCAAAAUUCUGUGUGCUUUGCAGAGUGGGCAGGAUACAGGGCCAGAAAACAUGCUUGGGUUUGCUCUGUGACUGACGUUAGCAAACUAGGUUUGUAUCUAGUUCAAGGCAAACAUUCCAACUGGUCAGAUUUUAUUCUGUAAUACUUUUCUGUCAACAUAUCUUUGCUGGAAAAGAUAUAGUGCCAUAUGUUAUUUCUUCAUUAAGCUUGUAGUGUCAUGACAAUGGUAUUUGGGCUUAAACAGGCUGAAAUUGGAAAGCUUAGACAAGAUGGCUGCAUCUGUGUUUAUCUUGAAUAACAUUUACUGAUGAUACGCUCUUCUGAAUUUUAUUAGCUCUUGCAGAUAUUUAAAGCAAUAAGCAAACUGUGUACCUGUAUUAGGUACCUUGGGUAAAUGACCCCCCUUAGUAAAUUUGUGUGAGGCAGAUGAUUCCAAUAUAAAAUGUGAUUUCCUAUUUUCUUAAAUUUAUAGUCUGCUUGCCAAUCAACAAUUUAAGAAUAAUUGCUGGGGUUUCAGAAGAUAGAAAAGCAGAAAGAGAGCCUGUAAAAUGCACUUCUUUGAAUGUGUAUCUUCACUAAAAAUGGAAUUAAGUGUUGCCUCUCAACCUUUCCAUGUGAUUCUUCACCACUUCCUCGUUGUUAUAAAAUGUGUUGUGGGAGAGAAUUGAAAUGACAUGCAAAUAGCAGAGGUCAGUGGCCAACAAAUGUCACUACAUGUCGUUGCAGAAUACAGAUACAUUAAUAGAGGGGCCUUUUUUAUACAAGUAACGAAGUUUUAAGACUGAUACAUAAAACAUAAUUCUGCAAAAUAACCAACAUUUUUACAUUUGGAACUAUAUUGAGAUAAUUACAAGUACAUGCACAUGCAUAAUAUGUUUUCUAAAAUAUACCAGUCUUCUCCAGGUACUUAAGUAUUCUUUAAAAUGUAAGAAGUAGUGGUUUCCCUCUUCUUAACCAGCAGUACCACCUUCAUCCCUAUUUAGAAGUGGUUAAGUAAUCUGGUGAUAAGGUGAGAAAUACAUUCUAAAGUCCCUUGCUAUUUUUUUCUUAAAGCAAGAACCCUGUAAGUAAGUGAUGUAUUGUUUUUUCCCCUUGGCUAAUUUGUGCCUAAUAAUUUUCAUUAGUCUUCAAAUCAAAAUGCUGUACAAAGAAAAACUGUGUUUUUCAUCAGAUGCUAUUUAGAAUGGUUUCAAAAGUACUUUCCACACCUAAAAAUUAUGCAAUUGGCAGAACAUUGCAGAGAUGGGAAAAAAAUCAUAGCAUUUUGAAUAUUCAUCUAAUUUGGAUAACGGCACUUGAGUUUAAAGUAUUCCAUUUCAAACAUAGAAAACAUGGUAGUCCUUUUUUCAUUGAUUGAAGAGUAUUUAUUUUGAAUUUAGUGGCUUAACCACAUGACUGUAAAUAACUUCUUGUGGUAUUCUUCAAUUAGUUCAGUUUCUUAAGUUUAGACUGAAGUUCCCAUAGGCUCAAGAAUCUAUUUCAUUUAUUCUGCUUAAAUGCAAGGUCUGUGCUCUGGAAAGUUAGAAGUAAUUGUCUGCAAUUCUUAUUAGCAUAGGAUCCUUUUACUGAUGGUUUUUGUUUUAAGGACUAGCUUUAUACUAAUCUUGUUUAAAAAUUCACUGUAUUUAAUGAACAUUUUGCUAGUAGAAAGUGUUGCAAUAUAAGGAACUUGUCAAAUUUGAAUAGAAAGCAUUUAUUGCAUUGCAAUUUGACUGUGUUUAACUGGAUCCCAACUGCUUACAAAACUAAAGAGAAAUAAAGUUCGUCCAGAGGUUUCCUA